GAGAGAGUCUGCUGUGGUGGUGUUGGGAAUCGGACGACAUGAACUCUCCAUGAAACGCGUAAAAUGCUCUAAGACGCUUUCGGCGUUUGUCUUUCAUCUUUCCGAACCAAGGACGAGCCAGAAGCGGAGCUGUUCUUCACGACCAGGUGUAAGACUGUCUUAAACCUGAGGGGGCAGAAUGCCAGAACAGAGCAACGACUAUCGCGUGGUGGUGUUUGGUGCUGGGGGGGUGGGGAAGAGCUCCCUGGUUCUGCGCUUUGUGAAAGGCACCUUCAGGGACACCUACAUCCCCACAGUGGAGGACACCUAUCGCCAGGUGAUCAGCUGUGACAAGAGCGUGUGCACCCUUCAGAUCACAGACACAACAGGCAGUCACCAGUUCCCUGCCAUGCAGCGCCUCUCCAUCUCCAAAGGCCACGCCUUCAUCCUGGUCUACUCGAUCACAAGCAGACAGUCCCUGGAGGAGCUCAAACCCAUUUACCAACAGGUUCUAGCCAUAAAAGGCAAUGUUGAGGCUAUCCCCAUUAUGCUUGUGGGAAAUAAGAGUGAUGAGACCCAACGCGAGGUGGAAACCAAGGAUGGGGAAGCCCAGGCCAACCAGUGGAAGUGCGCCUUUAUGGAGACAUCAGCUAAGACCAACCACAAUGUAACCGAGCUCUUUCAGGAGCUCCUCAACCUGGACAAGAAGAGGAAUAUGAGCCUCAACAUCGACGGCAAGCGUUCUGGGAAGCAAUCCCGUGCCGAGAGACUGAAGGGCAAAUGUAGCGUGAUGUAAAAUCCAGGAGAGGAAGAAAAGAGAGGUGGAGGAGAGAGAGGGAGAUGAAAUACAGAGAGGUAAAGAAGGAAGAGGAGAGACACCAAAUGAAUCAUUCAGAAUAACACGUUUUUUGAAGGCAGUGGGGAUCUCAUCAUCGACACCCUCCUCUCUGUUUGACUGGUGCAUUCACAAACACAGCUUACAUACAGGAAAUGUUUCAGUUCGGGGCAUAAAUCCAUGUGCAUUCUGCUAAAAGGAGAAACAGACGAGGGGGAUUGAGAUGGCAAGAAGUGUGCAAGACAGAUGAAUACAGGAGGGGUGUGGACUUUUACAUCCUCCAAGUGUCAUAAAACCUGGACAGGGAACUCAUCUUGGAUUGAACAUUGAAGAUCACAGACAGCAGAAGUCCUUGAAAAAGACAGAAGGUUUCUGAUUAGUGCAAAACCUUAAAUAUCUUCUCUCACUUCUACACCUCCCUGCUCAGCUCACACCUCACCCUGCUCAUCUUUUUCAUACCUUCUAUUAUAUCAACUGUAGAGAAAUGUAAUGUAUAAGUAACAGAGUUCUGAAGCUCACUCAUCUAGUACAGACCCUGCUGUAAGAGACUGAGGUGUCUGUCAUACUAGUACGCACAGGACUCAAAGACACUGCUAGCAUGAAGCAAAACACACGGCCCAGCCACAUCCCGAGGACUUUGAUGUAUAUAAAUACGGAAUAUUUAGAUAUAUUCCUUCCAGUCUACACAUCCUCAGCCCUAACUAGUAUAAUCAUCACAGAAACAGAGUGAUGUUGAUGCAUCAGUUUGAUGCAUCAAAGCUCAAUUUUCAACAGCAUUGUUAUAAAAAAAGACUUAUUUGCAUUUAUCCCCCACAUCCUUCUGCUAAAAGGUCAUCUAUGAGUCCUGUAAAUGUCCUCAUCUGAUGUGGAGAAACAUCCAGCGGCAGGGUCUUCACACAUGCCACUGAUAUGACGCAGCAAUCCUUUUAAGACUCUCAUCAAGUGUAGAAUAACUCUGAAUGAAAGGAAGCUGGACUCUCAUCAAAAUAUGAAACAGAAAUAUGAGUCUGCCUUGCCUACGAGGUUAAUACACUUGGAUAAUCAUUGUCAAGCUGGUAACAUGAAAGAGAACUCUUGGUUCUGAGAAUGUUAGUUUGCUUUGGCACUUUUCAUGUGAGAGUUUCUCUUUUUGCCUUUUUUUUCUAGUUUUCUUUAUGAUACUCUUAUAAAGUUAAAUUUAAAACACACACACCUCCUUUAACAAAAAGCACAUAAGGGUGAAAAGGGGGAGGGUGGAUCUUAAAAGCUCCAUGCAGAUUAUCCAAUGCACCCUGAUGCAUCCUUGUACACUCAUCCCCUCUAACGCCAGGCAUCAGGAAACAGAAUGGAUCACAGAGAUGUAAAUACACAACAUGCACAUGAAUGCAUUCAUGCAAAAAAUAAAUGAAACACACACACACACACACACACGCACACGCACGCACGCACGAACACACUUAGCUCUCUGAUAGUCAAUCUGAGUAACAUCGUUGACUGAGUACAUGAAGAAAAACAGGGCUCACUCAGCCUAAAUGCCCUCACAUUGCACUUUAUAUCACCACAUAUACAAUUUUUGUUUGCCAUGUUUCUGCCUACAUGUGUAUUAAUAAUUACAUCUGUUGUGCUGUGAGUCCAAAGUGCAUAUACACACCCUUUUUUCAUGUAGGACCUCUAAAAUUGUACACAGUGUAUACAAAGCAGCCAAAAGCACAAUACUUUUUAACAACAUAUCUAAUCCUACUUUGUCAUUUGUUAUUUUAUUGUAUUUUUGUGCAGCUUCCAUCCUCAACAUUUAGUCACCAGUCCCGAACAGUGAGGAACAAUUGCAUAGGUAGCAUGAUCACAGGUAGCUCUCUGUCUUGAGGUACAUGUACAGCGUUUUACUUUGUCUGGUACUUGGCACAAUGAGGUUGUGGUUCUGCUGAACAACAGGGUAUUGUGUUGUGACUGGUUAGCUGUGGACGUUAAGAGCGUAAAUGUUAUGUAACCACCACUCCCCCCCCAACAUGUUGUGGGAUGCCGAAGAGGGGUCAGAUUAUUUGUCUACUUUUCUCCAUCUCUCAGGCGGUUUUAACAACAAUUAGUGUGGAGGAUUAUCUGCUCCUGUACUGUUAAACCCAAAGACACAGAUGAAAACCCCUUUUAACUGUGUGUUCAUCUCUCUCAAAAAAAAAAACAAAAAGAAAGAAAGAAAAGCACAGCAAUUGUUCUCGUCUGUCUCCUUCUCUGUCUUUAUGUGUGCAGCAGGAACAACAACUGGGCACUUUAGGGUGACGUUUUACUUGAAGACUUGCUUAUUAAUCAGCAAUGCCUCAUUUAUAAGCACCAUGUAAAAUGUCCUACCUUCAUCAUUCAUGCUUGCAGACCCCCAUAAAAUUAUUUCAGAUGUGUAGUUACUGUAUGUAAAUAAGCAUACGGAAGUUCAACAAAAUGUUUAUGAGAGCUUCAAGUAAGAUGUUACCCAUGUAAAGAAAUACUGUACCCACUGUCUUUCUGGGAAAUGUUGUUACAGUAGAAGGUUCAGUGUUGCUAUGUACUGUAAUAUACAGCUUAAUAACGAUGCUCAUGAUCUAUUGUAUUUGACACAUCCACUCUUCAGCUCUACCAAUUAGAUUGUACUAGCAAAAUGUGAAUAUGUAACUACAAGUUCCAUUCCAGGUUGUUAAUAUUUUUUGUUUUGAAAGCUGAAUGAAUCUGUUAUUACUGUGUUGUACUUUGCACUAAUGUGAGGUCCUGUUAAAUUCAAACAUUUACAUUGUAAACAUACCCUUUACUUGUUAGAUGCCAGGGAUGCUUACUUGUACUCUCUUCUUUUCUUUUUUUUAAUAUGUUUAUAUUUAAAAAAAAAAUGUGUGAAACAAAUAUGAUCUAAGUUAUAUUUUAAUCAUUUUGUCCUUUUUUUUAAUUUGUUUUUUUAACCUGCUCCACAGAGAUGGAGUACAACCUGCAUGAUGUGGCCAUCUGACAAGCUAAAAAUAUAGGGG